CCUUUCUAUUAACUGUCGUAGGCCAAUAUUUACAUUGUCCCGACGAUGCGUAAUUGGACAGCUAUGCCUCGUAAUGCGGACAGACUUUACUUUCUCUACCGGGAGAGAUUAACCAGAAGCUUUGAAUGUGUUUUGACACGGUGCCCAGAGACCUAUAAUCCGCGUUUCGACCUAAGGAAAUUCAGAAAGCUUCCUAACGAGCCUAAGCUGUAUGGAACUGUGCAGCAUGAAGGAUGGCGGAUCCUCCUGUCAGGUGGAGCAGCUGGCCAAUGCGUGCGUGUCAGAGCGCAACCAGAGUUCCUGCCGGAUUCAGGCCAAAGGCCUCCGGCCUUGGUCGGGCAACAGCACUACGACGACCAAUACCGCCAGGCACAGAGCCAACGGAACCGCGAAUAACCAUUGUAAGAGCGUGGAAUUCGCACCCAGUCGACUGGAGAACGUGGAAUUCACGGGGAAAGUGCUGGUUACUGGGGGUUCCGGAUACUUUGGCUACAGGUUGGGUCGUGCUCUGGCCAGCCGAGGGCUCUCUGUUAUUCUGCUGGACCUGGUCAAACCGCGUAGGGGCACUCCCGACGGCGCAGUGUUUCAUCAGGGUGACAUUCGGGAUUAUGAGUCCCUGUACAAGGUGUGUGAGGGGGUGGAUUGCGUCUUCCACACUGCUUCCUAUGGGAUGUCCGGCCCAGAGCAGCUGAAGAGAGAGCUGGUGGAAUCUAUCAAUGUUGGUGGGACAAGUAACGUCAUUAAGGCAUGUUUGGAGCAGGAAGUCCCUAGCCUGGUGCACACCAGCACCGUUAACGUUGUGUUCGCUGGCCGACCCAUUGAGGAUGGGGAUGAGGAAACUGUGCCCUGCGUGCCUCUAGAUAUGCACAUAGACCACUACUCUCGGACCAAGGCCAUCGCGGAGCACAUGGUGCUCAAGGCUAACGGUCACACUCUGAAAGGGGGCGGCCGCCUUCAAACCUGCAUCCUGCGUCCUUCAGGCAUCUACGGGCCCGAGGAGAGGCGACACCUCCACAGAGUAAUGGUGAAUGUGGAGAGGAGAUUGUUUAGUUUCAGCUUUGGUAACCAUGAUGCCAAGCUGAACUGGGUCCAUGUGGAUAACCUGGUGAUGGCACAUAUCUUGGCUGCUGAUGGUCUGACCGUGAGGAAGGACCGUGUGGCGAGUGGACAGGUCUACUUCAUUAAUGAUGGAGAGGCUGUAAACCUGUUUGAAUGGCUGACUCCACUGUUUGAGAAGCUGGGCUAUAGUCGUCCCUUGAUACACCUCCCUUUCUCCCUUGUCUACUCUGCAGCCGUUCUGAUGGAGAGUUUGCAUGUUGCCCUGGGACCGGUAGUGGAGAUUCCACUGCUGUUCACCAGGAAUGAGGUGCGAAACAUUGCGGUGAGCCACACUUUUAAGAUUGAGAAAGCACGCCAGGACCUGGGCUUCGCACCACUGAAGUACGACCUGGCCGACUCAGUGGACCAGUACUUGAAGACCCGCCUCCUGCAGCCCUGCCCGCUGUGGUCUCGCCCUCAGUCUCUGGCCCUGCCCUGGGUCCUAGUCCUGCUGGUGCUGCUGGUCAGCCUGGCUGCACUACUCUGCUACUCCUGUUUACUGAGUGCACACACACUACACUAACACUAAGGCACUACACAGACAUGAAACACACUACACUAACACUAAGACACUACAUGAACACUAAACACUCUACACUAACACUAAACGCACUAUACUAACACUAAACACUCUACACUAACACAAAACACACUACACUAACACAAAACACACUACACUUAUACACACACAUACUGCACUUAGUCACUCACACACACACACACACAUACACACGCACUCACACAGUGCUUGCACACUCACGUACAACACGAACACUCACAUGCUAGGUCACACAUACACUACUCACACACUCAGACUACACUAGUAAACUGACAAAUAUACAUGCACACUCAGACUACCCUAAAAGAAAAACAACUAUUUUCGUAUUUGUCGUAAUGUUGUGACAACCAAAGAAAAAUGUGUCACAUUACAGCAGUGUUCCAGUGUGUUAUUUCACACUGUAGCAGUAUUGCAGUUUUAAAUAUGAGCAAGUUGGAGCAAGCUGAACUUUGAUUUUAAAGUUAUUUAUCCUCGGAUGUGAUGCAAGCAUUAGCCUGUCUGACUGGGAAGAGAGAGGUUCUUUGCUGGAACCAAGGAAUCUGCUCAUAAUUUCUAUAUAAUUUAUUGCAUCCUCUAAAGUAAUUUAUUAGUUUAUACCACUAAAUCAAAAUGCUCCUGUCGGAGCUUUACUUACAUAUAGUUAUCAUCAGUGUGUGUUUAUAUGUAUAUGCCUGUGUAUUUGUGUGAACAUACUCCUCAUAAACAUUUUGAAAGUUUUUAGCACAUUUUUAACCAACUACAUACUGUCUCUCAGGUUGUUUAUAAAUCCCCAUUUUCAAACUAAGUAUUAGACUUCCCUCACAUAAACAGGUCUGCAUUUAAAAACAGAGAAAUGACAGUGAAGAUCACCCUUGGAAACACUAAUCUGCUGAGGGCAAAAGUGACCUUAAAAUGCUCUUAAGAUUUGGAGGAAAUUAAGUAGCUUGAUUAAAAAAUGGUUUAAACAAAUUAAUACAAACAAUGCCAAUGGCAACUGCUUUAAAAUAGUAGAAUAAACAUACUGGUACAUUACUGUAUGCUAAAACAAUACCAAAUAUAAAAUUGUGAUCUUAGGUGGUAUAUUUUAUUGUUGGAAAGUUUUUAAUGUGCAAGUCAGAAGAUUUUAUGAUUGGAUCCUUUUGUGAUCAAAUGUAGUUAUACGAAUUUGCAAAGAGUCAGUUCACAUACACACACGUACACACACAAUUUUAAUGUUUUAAAGAGCAUUAUACAUUCUAAUAUUUUUUAAUGCCGGGUUGGGCUACUGUAAUAUAUUUUACACCACUGUAAUGUAAUCAACCCAAUGAUUGUAUUUUGCAAAUUAUAUUGUAAAUUACAAGUUCAAUAAACUGUAACUCCAGAAUGUCAGAAUGUGCAAAGACAGUAUUAUGAGAAAUGUAUUGAAGCAGAUUCGACGCUUUCACAUUUAGGACAGUUAAACAAUGUAAAAUAAGUGAAAAGUAAUGGGGCGGCUUAUACAUUUUAAGGGGAGGUUGUCGAGAACGAGAACCGGAGUUUAAGAAGUUUGAGUAAUUACCAGCGCUAUGUGGCUGUAAAGCGAUUUUUAGAGGAACAAGUUUCAUAAAUAAGCACGACCAUAAGAUGUCGCUAUUACACAUUUUCACCAUUGAUCGAGAAAUUGUGUACAGCGCGGUAUUUUAUUUAACA